GCUCCUUUACUGCUUCCAGAACCACUGAGGGUUCUGGUUCCGGUUCUGCAGAGACUCGUUGUUCCUGCGGAGUCAGAGGGGCGUCGGCUCCAGCACGGAGCCCAGAGAGGAGGAGGGUCCGGCGGCCACUCAGCGCCUUUGUGUCCGCAGACACCUCCGGGCUCUGCAGCGGGAGGACGCAGCGAACCUCCCAACACGACAGGCGGUGAAACCCGGCUUCAUCAGCCGCCGCGCCCCGCUGGAGGAGCGGAGGAUGGAGGCCCGGAAGGGACGUUUAUGACACGAGUUCUGGUCUAAGAGGAGGAUCUGGUCUACGACGAGGAAGGAAAACUUGAAGCAACAGAGAAUAAAGGAGGGGAGGAAGGGGCGUUCAUUGUGGUCUGGAUCUGCAGACGCAUAAUAUUCUCAGACAGAACCAGGAUCGAUCUGAUCCGCAACCAGUCCGCAACAGAUGGAGGCCAGUGAGGGUUCGGAGUCCGACAGAUCCUCCGGGGGUCUUUGUUCACAGCUCGGAUCCCCAGCUGCAGAACCGCCACAGAUCAGCGCAGAGAACUGCUACGAGCUGCUGAGCGCAGCGAAGAGCGGCGGCGCGGAGGGCGACCGGGACCGGGUCUACCGCUACAUGAGCCACAACUACCUGCAGGUGCUGAGGACCCCCGGGGUGUACGGCCGGCUGACGGCGGGGGAGCGGGAGCUCAUCCUGGCCCGGAGGAUGGAGGGCAGGAAGGUGCUGGCGGUGGCCGAGAGCAGCGAGGUGUUGGACCGCGGGGGAAGCCGGGAGAGCAGCCGGCCGCAGAGCCCCCUGCAGCCCGGCCCGGAGGACGCCAACCCCCGGCGGGUGUUCUACUUCCACCCGGAGCGCCGGCAGUGGGAGCUGCUGACCAGCCUCCCGGAGCAGAUCCCGGCCAAAGGCUCCGGGAUGUGUACUCUGUACAACUACCUGUUCGUGGCGGGAGGGAUGAGGGCGCACAAAGCCUCGGACCGGGUCUUCUGCUACAACCCGCUGACCGGAGCCUGGAGCCAGAUCCGCCCGCUGAGCCAGCCCCGCUGCCAGCUCAGACUGGUCUCCAUGGACGGGUACCUGUACGCCGUCGGGGGGGAGUGUCUGUUCACCGUGGAGCGCUACGACCCGCGCGCGGACAGGUGGUCUCCGGUGGCCCCCCUCCCCAAAGGCUCGUUCGCGGUUGCGCACGAGGCGACGUCGUGCGGCGGGGAGCUGUUUGUGUCCGGAGGCUCGCUCUUCUACCGGCUGCUGCGCUACGACUCCCGCCGGGACGAGUGGGAGGAGUGUCCGUUCAACGAGAGCCGGCGCCGGUCCGCGGACAUGGUGGCGCACCGCAGCCUCGUGUACCGCUUCGACGUGGACCGGGAGCGCGCGGGGGUGAGCGUGUACAAGUACAACACGGUGGUGAAGGUGUGGCACGGCGGCGCGUCCUUCCCGCUCCACAACCCGCAGCCGUUCCGGUGCGCGGUGCUCGGGGACCGGAUCUAUUGCGUCAACCGGAGCCAGACGCUGCAGUUCGAGGUCCGGGAGGACCGGGAGGGGUUCCUGCCGGAGGUCCUGCCCUCCCCCGCGGACGCCAGAGGAGCCCUGGAGCCGUUCGUCCUCUCACUGGACCGGGACUGAUGAUCCAACCCGGGAGAGUCCGGGUCCAGUCCGGGUCCGGGACUGAGAUCACAGACUGUGGUGCCUUUUUCUUUCAAACUUUUCUGCUGCUGCUGCUGCAUGAAAUCAGAUUAUCGAUUAUUGAUUAUUGAGAUUAUUGAAAACCAACUGCCAGGGUUGGAAUGUAAUCUGAUUACAGUUACAGUCAGUAAUCCAAGUAUCAGAAUAUUAGAGUAAUUUGAUUACUUCCUGUUACUGUUGGAUUACCUCAACACCAAAUAUGUGAAUAAAAAUCAAUAAUCAGUAUUGAUCUCUUCUAUUAGACAGAACAAUGUAACUGUAAUCUGAUUACAUCUUUAGUUCUGCAACUGUAAUGGAUUACAGUUACCUUUUUUUGUAUCCUGAUUACUCAGUUACAUGUAAUCUGUUACUCCCUGAGCCUUAAACAGAAUGACUCAACAGUUCAGUCUCAUUCUGAUUAAUUAAAGUCAAAAUUAACAGUUUGUGCACUAUUUUCAUUCAUUCAUUCAUUCAUUCGUUCAUUCAUUCAUUCAUUCAUUGCAGUUUGUUCCACUGACUCAUUUUCUUUAAGUUGACUUUACAUCAUCACAAACAUGAAAGUUAAUUGGCUGCCUUUCUAAUAAUCGAUUAUUAUAGGUUUCAUCAGCUGUUUUUAUUAAAGUGAUUUUAGAUCAAUUCUGUUCACACGUUUUAAUUCAGUUAGUGAAAUGUUGCAUUUGAUUGUAAUGAAUUUAAUUGAUCUACAAUAAAUGAGUUUAUUUUGAUCAGUUUUAUCCUAUAAAGUUAUAAAAUGUUGUUAAUAGCUAUUAAAUAACCCAGAAUUGAUCCUGGUUGUCAAUCAAUGAUUGUAUGACGUUGUUAUACAGACUGUGACAUUAAUCAAUAUAUCUAUUGUUUCAUUGUUUGUCAUCAGCUAUAACUGUUUGUUUGUUUACUGUAAAAAGUUAUUCAGUGGAUUUAUUGGAAUUAAUAAACGGCUGCAAGAUUAAA